CUUCCUUUCUCUCCUCCAAUGGCGACCCCACCGCCCCAGCUCUCUAAAGCGGAAUCUUUUUCAAGUGAAGACAGAGUUAUGGAUUCUGGUAACAGCGGGAGUACGCAAUCCUCAAGCGGAGGUGAAGAUGAGUACGAUUCACGGAGUGAGUCGAUCUCGUCUUUUUUGAAUCCCGGCGGCCAUUUUGGUUCAAUAUCUAGUCCACAGCCACAGUUUAUGUCCCAAGAGAACAAUUUCUUCUAUCCUCGUUCGAACCUCGAUGCAUUUGUCCAACAACAAUCAUCGGUCAAUCCAAAUGCGAAUACUCAAUACAAUAAUGAUCUUGUCUGGACCAGAAGUUCAAGAUCUGAUCAAUCCAAUUAUGCCCACCAAGCCCACUUCGGGAACUUAGCGGAGUCAUCAUCAAGAACCCAGAAUCUUGUAAAUUCCCAAGGACCCAACAGUACGCAGCAGGGCCCUGUCCAGUUCCCAAACACACUAUCCGUAGAGUUGACAGGACAUGCCGGUUCAGAACAAUCUGAUCAACAACCCAACAGUGCAAUCAAGAAUCCUAAGAAACGGCCGAGAGCUUCAAGGCGGGCGCCCACGACUGUGCUGACGACUGACACCACAAAUUUCAGGCAAAUGGUGCAGGAAUUUACAGGCAUUCCGGCAGCUCCAUUUUCAGUUCCGCCGUACUCACGUCGGCUCGAUCUCCUCUCCACCAUGAGGUCCGGCCAUUUGGACACACUGGGAUCCAUGUAUCCUCUCCGUCCCUCGGCGCAAAAGGUGCAACCAUCCCCAUUUCAACCUUCAUCCUCUUCUCCCUCGUUCAACUCUACUAUGAUUGAUACUUUAGUGCGCAGUACCAAUAUUUCCACCUCAAAUGUCGGCUCUUUGAAUUCGAAUAAUUUCCAACUGCCCUCUGAUAUUGGCCUAAUUCCAAAACAGCCCCACAAUUUAUUGAAUUUGCAAAAUCAGUUUCUUCAACUUCAGCCUCUACUGCAUUCUCCUUCACUUAAGAAUCAAUCAGGACAGUCUUUUGGUACUUUGGGACUGAGCCACGAUCAACAAGUUGAAGCUAAUCUUGGUGGGUUUUCAAAUUUAGAAAGCUCUUCAGCUGCUGCACAAGAGAGGACUGAAGGGAAUCUACAAGAAAAUAUGGGAACGUUUGGUGGAAAUAUUGGUUCAGAAUUCCGUGCUGAUAAAGGACAUGGAAAUGUUUCUUCAGCUGCCGAUGGUUCGGUGAGCUCAUGGAAAUUCUGA